ACUUGCUACGCGUUUUUUCGCCACAUCUCACUCGCAUCGAGACACUCAGUUCAUGCCAUGGUGAAACAUUCGACAGUCGUAGAGGCGUAUGGGGCCCUCGGACUUGAACAGGGUUCGUCGCUGGAGGUGGUCAAGAGCACGUACAAGCAACUCGCGCUGAAAACACAUCCGGACAAGAAUCCGGGCAACGAAGAUGCCACUGCCCAGUUCCAGCGGCUCAGUGAAGCAUACAACGUGCUCGUCAAGCAUCUAGAUCGGUCAUCGUCUCCCCCACGCAGGCAGCCACAUAGCUAUUCGUAUCGCCCAUUCGAUGACGAUUACGAUGAAUACGACGACUUCGACCGCUAUGACGAUUACGACGAUUACGACGAUGACUUCGAGGACUUGGACUUCUACAUGUUCUUGUUUGAGGAGCUGUUGAGGGGCCGCGCCAACCGUUAUGCCAACAUGCGUUACAGCCGUCAUAAACCGACGGCGCCCGAGUCCCCAGAGCAGUAUCAGGCGCGUAUUGCUCGUAUGCGUGAAGAACAAGAGCAAGCCGAGGCUCGUCGCAAGCGGGAAGAGGCCGCGCGGAGGGAGACGCAACAAAUGGAACGGGAAAGGGAGAGGAGGCAGGCUGAGGAAAGACAGAGAGUCAAGGUCGCUCAGAAGAAGGCCCAGGCAGUUGCUUCCCAGAAGUCAGCCGAAGAGAAGGCCCGUACUCAGGAGCAGCGCCUCCAACAUCUGCGCUCUGAUGCCUUCGCUGCUGCUCGCCGUGGAGACUCGGCGGGCGUCAAGAAAGGCGUUUAUGAGGAUAACGUCGACGCCGCUGGCGGUGAGAUUAGAAGAGGCGGUGAGAAGUUCGUCAAGACUCCGCCGAACGACCCACGAGAGGCUUUGUUGCACAUCGCCGCAAAGCAUGGUAACGCAGAGUUGGUGGAAUGGCUGGAAUCCCAUGGCGCCGAGUUAGACGAACGGGACGGGCAAGACUUCACAGCGUUCCAUGUCGCUCUACAGGCUGGGCAUAUUUCCAUUGUCAAGCACUUCGUGACCACCUAUGCCCCUCAGGACUCCGAUUACGAGAACAUCUAUAGGCGACCUGGAUCUAGCUCGCUGCUCAGGCUUGCUCUGGACUCCCGUGAACCAGAAGCCGUCUGGAUAGUGCUCGAUAAUCAACUAGCCACUCAAGACGAUAUAGUCGCUGAGUGGUCUUCGGUAAAAUCUGCCGCAGGUAGAGCUGCCAUCGUCGGAGCAGGAGGAAGGAAACAGGAAGCGAAGUAUGAGGAAAUUCGUAACCUCCUCAUAAGCUACGGAAAGCUCCCACCGGAAAGCCAAGAGAUGACGCCAAAGCCAUCGAAGGGGAAAGCUGCCAACGGUCGUGCCAUGAACGGCGGAACACCUCGACCAGCUUCUGACUUUGACGCUUACGAGUCACCGUACCCGUCACCACCACCGGAAGGAGGAGACGAAUAUCAUCCGGAUGACUACGUCCCUCAAAAUACGUCGAGGUCAGGGAAGGUUUAUCGUGGUCAACCCCGCAAUAGGCGACCGUACAAGCAGUACCACCAGUUCGGCCACGAAUCGCCUUCCACAAAUCCCGACCACGCACCUUGUGACGACGUGCCCCCCAGUCCCGGGACCGAUACACCUUCACAGCCACAACCGCCCUUUGCACGGGGCCGUGGUCGUGGCAGGGGUGGUUAUCGCGGCAGAGGUAGAGGCAGGGGUCGGGGUCGGGGUCAGCCUCCCUUGUAGAUAUUCUUCCACUGCUAUGUGCUUUCCUCUCGUUGUCCUCGCAAAACCUCAUCUCCUCGCAAAGCUUCAAUUCCACUUCAUGACCUGGCCGUAUUUCGAUUGUCGCUUCGUCUUGCACGCAACCUCACAUGUUGUCCAUGAUCCCACCAUGACCGUCAUUACUUUGUUCGAACUGACUUCUGUCAUAGAAUGCUUGUGUACACAUAGUUUUCCGUUUUCCAGUCAAGUACCCAUUCAUCCUUUCUACAAACUUCAUAAGCCUGCUUGGCACAAACGCCGUAUCAUACCAAAUAACUUAAGUAAAUUUUGCGUGCC